AUAGUGUUCGUUUGUAGCGGUGUAUGUGUGGGUAUAAGCGUUUGCUUCCAGCACUGUGACGCCUAGCUGCCCAGUACUCUGUGGCUGAGGUAUCUGUCAGUACCUGAGUGGGAGGGCAGCAGCAGCAGUACCUAUCUGAGCGGUUUUAAACCAUGAGCAAAGCAACAACACCAUCUACUUAUGUCCGAAACCUUAGCCAUGGAAUGCACAGGCAGCUAGCAGACCUUCUUGAUCCCCAGGAGGGAUGGAAAAAAAUAGCUGUAAAUAUACUGAAACCGUCUGGGGAACCAAGAUACACACAAUUUCAUAUACGAAGAUUUGAAGGAACUGUGCAAAUGGGAAAAAGUCCAACAUGUGAAUUGCUAUAUGACUGGGGAACAACCAACUGCACUGUCCUGGACCUCACAGAAUUGCUGAAGAAGAAUGGCUUUUAUGCUGCUGCUUCUUUUUUGCUUCCUGUAACAGAUACAAGUACAAAAAAAGUGCAUGCACCUACCAGGCCUGUAGAUGCAAUAAAUGUCCCAUGUGAGAUAUCAGCAGCAGAUCUUAUUGACAGUUGCAGUCCUCUUGCUGACCAAAGUAAAGAGCCAGAAGAAAAUGAAGUCGAUGAUUAUGAUGAAACAGGGAUUGGUAGCUAUUCCUUUAAUGAGAUAAAGCAUAGCACAAAUAAUUUUGACAUUCGACCCGUAUCUGAAGGAGGCAAUAAGUUAGGAGAGGGAGGCUUUGGAAUUGUCUUCAGAGGAAAAAUAAAAGGGAAAAUUGUUGCUGUAAAAAAAUUGACAGAGUUGGUUGAUGCUAGUAUUCAGGAUCUAACGUAUCAAUUUGAGCAAGAAAUCAAAAUUAUGGCCAAAUGCCAACACGAAAACCUCGUAAAACUACUUGGUUAUUCCAAAGAUGGUGAUCAGUACUGUUUGGUUUAUACAUAUAUGCCACAUGGGUCUUUGCUGGACAGACUAGCAUGCUUGAAUGAUACACCACCGAUCUCAUGGCUUUUGAGAUGUAACAUUGCAUAUGGAACUGCAAAUGGUAUCCGUUACUUGCAUGAAAACAGUCAUGUUCACAGAGAUGUUAAAAGUGCAAACAUUCUCUUAGAUGAUGCAUUUGUUCCCAAAAUUUCAGACUUUGGACUGUCACGGGCAACUGGACAGUUUUCAAAGACUAUGAUGACAGAAAGAAUAGUUGGUACAACAGCAUAUAUGGCACCUGAAGCACUCAGAGGAGAGAUUACAAUAAAGUCAGAUAUUUUCAGUUUUGGGGUGGUACUGCUAGAAAUAAUCUCCGGGCUUGCUCCAGUGGAUGAGGAUCGUUCUCCAUCACUGCUGCUUGAUAUUAAAGAAGAAAUCGAGGAAGAGGAGAAGACGAUAGAAGAAUACAUGGACAAAAAGAUGGGGGAGGUGGAACCAAAUACAUUGAACCAAAUGUACACAGUAGCAAGCCAGUGCCUAAAUCAAAUGAAGAACAAAAGGCCUGACAUUAAAAGGGUGCUACAAAAUCUGGAAAAUAUAAAAAAUCUUGUAAGCAGGUCCUGAGCGUUUAAUGCGGUCUACAGCUUCUUUAAGUUGCGGCAAAGUGUAACUAAAAAAUUCUUAAGAAUCAUAUUGGACACAUUUAUUUUAGGGACCAGAAGGUGAAGAUUCCCAUAAACUAUCAAAGAAACCUGAGAUUCAUUUGUAGACACUGGAAUUCAGAUGCUAUCUUGCACCAACACUUAUUAUGUAACGGUACAGUUCUGCCUUUCAUUUUGGAAGUAUGUGCAGAUCUAUAAAAUAAAGAAUCUUGUAUAUGACCGAACUCAGCCAGCAACAAUAAGGCUCAUCCAACAUCCUUUCUUUUUUACUUAUUGAAAUGUCUGUCCGAAUAGUUUGUAUCCAUAUGGUUUUAUAUUAAAAUCUCGGCUUCUGAAAAUUCAA